GUGUUGGAAGUAUUGACAUUGACAACGAAUUGUCCCGAUCGGGCUUGUCGGUAUAUUUCGAAAAUUCAUUGCUUGAUUCUAUAUUUUGUACUUAUUAGUACCACCGCUUGAUAUUUUGAUUUUAUGAUAUACAUUUUAUAAUAAUUGGAGAAGCUUUUGCAGCAUAUCUCUGGUUUUAUGCUUACGACCGUGCGUUGAUUCGCAUAUUGCUUCAAAUCUGGAUGAGAAAACAAUGAUUGCCGCCUCCGAACCUUUGGAGUUUGUGCCACAUGGCAGAACAGUGUUAAUGAAACACCCUGGCAAGAUUUACAACAAAGGGCACAAUAAUUCCCUAUCUGAAAAUUCACUGCUCUAUAAAUUAGCUAACUUUGCCAUAAAAGAUGAGAGCUUAUUGGAAGUGAAGGAGGCAGAGGAUCAAGAAUGGUGGACCGUUCGAGAAGUUUAUGCUCGGGAUGAUCAAGAAAUUGAAGAUGAUCCCCCACAAUCAUCAAAAGACAGUAAAUAUGACUAUGCAUCUGACUCAUUUCGGCCACCAAGUCGUAUCAAAAAUGAUUUCAAUGCUUCAAUAAAAUCGGAACUUUUAUCUGGUGUCAAAAAAAUGGAGACAGAAUGUCUAAAUUCAGCUGGACCAUCAAGAAGAAGCAGUGCAAACAGCUCUAGUAAUAUGUCCAAAAAAUUUAAUCUUACAACUGGACAGAAUAAAAGACUAAACAAAAAACCAUUGAAUUUUAGAACUGACUGUUCUUAUGAAGAGGAAUUGUAUGUCAAAGGAUGUACCGCUGUUUGGUCCAAGGGUCUGAUAUCCGCACCUGCUACAAAACUUUCUGGACCUGAACAUAGAGAAACAAUAAGUUGUUACACCAUGGAAAAUCCUAUAAAACAUGCACAUUUUUGCAAUUUUCAUGUAAAUAUAAAUAACACAAUGCUAAUUGAUGCAUUAAACUCCCAAAUAGGAGAUGUUAAGAAAAACAUAAAAAUUGAAGAUACCACAGAGCAUAUAGAAACAAACAUAAUUUCUACCAUUCUCUUAAUGGAUAACAAAUGUAUGAGAGUGUUUGGAACAGAUGGUCGAGAAUACAUAAACAGUAUUCCAUUUCAAGUUAAAAAAGUUUGGCCAAUGAAAUAUGGUGUGUUAUUAGAAAAGGAAGCAACCCCAUUAAUUCAAAAUUCUUUAUUAGCAAACUCUUUCAUGAAAUUUAAUGAAUCUCAUAAUAGCACCUUUUCAAGGUCAAAGUCAAACUUUCCAUUUAACAUGAGUGCAAAACUACGUGCUGAGUCGAUAUCAGGUUAUGAACAAGAUGUCCCUCUGCCCACAUGUUUUUCUUUAUCUCAUCCAUUAGAUGAAGUAACUCCUAUAUUGAUGAAGUCAUCACAAGGUUUGCAAUACUACACUGAUGGGGAUUUACAAAUAAUAUUUGUGAGUACCAACCCAAGCAUCGUGCUCUUGUACGACUGGAAGCUAGGUACUCACUCAUUAUGGAAAAUUCGCAAAGCAUUACGAGAUGAAUGUUUAAUUAUGUGUCCAAAUUUAAAUGCUUCUACAGGAGUAUUCAGUCAAUCAUGUGAUUUUGUGGGUAGCCCAAUGCAUAGCAAUGUGGGUCGAAAUGCUACUAGUUGGGUUACUGGUAUUGGUAGUCCAUACCAAUCUAAGAAGGGUCCUAGCACUCCAACUCAAUCCUAUUCUCGUGUUAAUAGCCCUCUGGCAAAUAUUUUUCAUCAACAAGGCAUGUCGCCACACGCGUCUAUAGGCCAAGCGUCAUCUGUAUCAAUGAUGCCCAGUGCUAUGACUCAGACACCACCGUCAUUGCCCUUAUACCCUGAUAUAUGUUUGGAUCAUAUAUGGACUGACAGUCAAUCAAUUCGACGAGAUCAUAUAGAAGGUAGAUCUGAUCUGAAAUCAUUUCUGCAUACAGAUUUAGUUGGACAUGAUUAUUUAUGUAACAUGGUGAAAGUGAAUGGUGUCAGCCGACUUCAAAUUAUGAGGUUACAGAAAUCCCAUUCACAUGGACAGUCAUCCAAAAACAACAUCAUUGUCGGUUCCGUAUCAUCAGUAUUAGCAAAAGACGCUGUGGUGUUAGACAACUUGAAAAUGAUAGCAUUGAUUGAUGAAUCUGGUAAUAUAAUUUUACAAUCGGGCAAUAAUUUUGUUGGCAAGGUUCAUGUUGGCGGCGUGCUAGCUCGUUUAAUAGACUCGCCUUACACUAGACGAUCCACUUUCCAGUCGCCAUUCCCAAGGCGCAGUAGUUUGUUGCCGAGCCGCUGUACUGAUGCGAACUUUGAUGAUUCCGCUUUACAUCUCCUCUCACCGGUCCCUCACAGUUCUGUUCCUAGGAUUGAACAGAAAGAAACUUUAGGAUUGAGCGGUUUGUGUGACGCGGCGGGAUCCCGUGUAACGUUACAGUUUGGCGCUGAUGGCGCAGAGGGUCUGUACCGCAUUUCGCUACCAGUACUCUCCUGCGCUACUCUUGUAGCACGCUGUUGCGAUGCGCUUAGGGCAAUACUGCCCAAGGAUAUCGCCAUGCAGGUCAUAAUAAAAUGGUAUGGAGUUCGCAAUGCACCAGGCACUCAAGAUCUUACUCCAGAACAGGAAUGGUCAAUGUUUGCCAAUCUUCUCUUCUCUCUUAUGGGAUAUGAUGUCGAAAAGUUGACCCAGACCAAACAAAACGACGAUCAAGUCGAACACACAGAAGUGGCGACGAAAAAGCAAAGAACUUCUAGUGAUGGGACACAUGAAGACUGGGAUUAUUUGCUGAAUACUAAAAUGCAUAAAGUCAUUGGAAAUUCCUUAGUAUCCAUGUUACAUUUACAUCCGAUCCAGAGUUCAGAAAGCAGACAGACAAGAAAUUCCAAAUCAAAAAGUAAUGUUGAAAUGGAAAAGACAACACAAUUCAAUAUAAAUUCAUUGCUUUUUCCAUAUACUGUCCAAGUAUUAUUCGCAUUUCAUUUGGUAUACGAAGAGAUAAAAUUAAACACACUGCUGUGGACUAAUUUGAAGCCCUUAUCAAGCUUUUUAUAUCAAAUAUCGAAAGAUUUAAGAUUGGACAGCUAUAUCAAUCAUUAUUGGCUAGAUUUUCCAACAGAAUUUAAUCUCGAUUAUGAUCAAUCGGAUUCGCAGAUGUCGGAUCAAGUCUUGAAUAAGCUAAGCCAACCAUCAUAUUUUAGCCGAGAUCCACCUAAUGUGUUUAGUUAUUUGAACUCGAUGUUAAAGGAUAUAGAUGUUGGUUAUUACCCAUAUCUCGUCGACGUUAAUAACAUGUCGAAGGACAUAAUUGAGGUGCUGACGGUAGUGGAGUGCGGCCGCAAUGCGGGUGUACAAACGAUGUCAGGGCGCGAAUCGAUGGCAGCGUGUAGCACACCGCGCACUCGGCGCGACUGUGGACAGCGUGUUUCUCCGCACUGCCAAGCUGUGCGAAUUGUAUGCGACAGAGGUAUAACUUUACGGGACAUAGACAAUUUACCUCCUGCUAUCGGUCUAGUGAUGUUAACAAUAUUCAGUCGGUGCAAAAGUGAACCACCUGUGGACUGGCCGCGAGAGGCUUUCAAGCUCGUGAUGAGGGAGGAUUUGUGUUUACAAUCUGAAAUUGCUGACACUAUUAAAUCAACAUCAGAAUAUAUGGAGACUUUAGCAUUAGAAGUGCUUGAGAAAGAGACAGCAUAUUCCUUGAACAGCAACAGCAUGGAAGAACAUGCAAAUACCAAGAGUGAAGAAAAUGAUUCAAUAACUGGUAUGGAACAUCUAAACUCGAGGCUCCUGGCUUUACUUUACCCAAGGGAUCACAGAAUGACAGAAGUAUUCAAUUUGCUGCAAUCGUCGAUACCAGUUACUAUUAAUCUGACGCAAAGACCAGAAGUAUCAGAUCACGAUUUCAUUGAAGAACAAGAGAAAUAUCUUUUUGCAAUUAGCACGCGUACAAUGGCUCUACCAAUUGCGAGGGGCAUGGUGACGGUCCGCACGGCGCCGUGUGCACCCACCGAGCCGCUGAGCGUGCCGCGGCUGUGCGUGGCGGGGCGCGGGCCGCCGCCGCGCUGUCCGCCCAUCAACCUGCCGAUCACGGAGCCGUCGCCGCACUCGCUACUGUGGCCCGCCUUCCACAACGGGGUCGCCGCUGGCCUCGCGCUUGUGCCCAUGACCGGCGCCAGCAUCGACUCCAGUUGGAUCAUUUACAACAAGCCAAGGGGUGCAACAGAAAUGUCAACAGAACAUGCCGGUUUCCUAAUGGCGCUGGGCCUCAACGGCCACUUGAAGGAUAUGCCGUUCAUGAACAUGUACGAGUAUUUAGUCAAAUGUCAUGAGAUGAUCAGCAUAGGAUUACUACUGGGACUUGCUGCUACAUAUAGAGGGACUAUGGAUGUGCAAGCGACAAAAAUGAUGAGUAUCCAUUUAGAGCCAUUGCUACCGCCAACAUCCAUCGAACUUGACAUCCAGCAGAAUAUUCUCGUGGCGGCAUUGCUAGGUGUCGGCCUUAUAUACCAAAACACAGGCCAUACACAUUAUGCGCAAGUGCUGCUUAACGAAAUUGGUAAACCACCGGGUCCUGAAAUGGAGAACUGCGUGGAACGCGAGGGUUACGCUUUAGCGGCGGGGCUAGCGCUAGGUUUCGUGUGCGUCCGCUCCGGACACCAGGCGCCCGAGCACAUCGCACAGCGCCUGCGCACGUACAUGCUCGGCGGGGACAAACUGCCGCUCACUGGCGCUCAAAAAGAGAAAUACAAGCAGGGAUCAUUCGCAAUCCGUGAGGGGGCAACAGUGAAUUUGGAUGUGACGUCACCAGGCGCUACACUGGCGCUAGGGCUCAUCUACCUGCGAUCCAACUGUGCUGCGCCCGCCUCGUGGUUACAGUCGCCACGUACUGCCUACCAGCUCGACUUCGUGCGCCCGGAUCUGCUCAUGCUGAGGAUUAUAGCUAGAGGCCUCGUCUUAUGGGAUAGUAUUGAAGCAAGUGAAGAAUGGAUCGAAGAUCAAGUACCGUCAACCAUAAAACCUUAUUGCUUUGUCAAACCAACAGACGAUAGCAUAGAUUAUGAAGCUAUGAACCAGGCGUACUGCAACAUAAUAGCGGGCGCGUGCUUCGCGAUGGGACUGCGGUUCGCGGGUUCGGGCGACGAGGACGCGCGCGACGCCGUACUACACUUCGCGCGACUGUUCCUCACGCUCUCUGGCAAGAGUAUCGCUGAACUGGCCGGACGGUCCACGCUUGAAACCUGCCUCUGUGUGUGUCUACUCGCCGCUGGCAUGAUAAUGGCGGGUCGCGGCGACGUGUGCGUGCUGCGCGUGUGCCGGCGGCUGCGCGCGCGCCUGCCCGCCGCCGCGCCCGCGCCGCGCGCCGCCGCCGCGCCCGCGCUCACGCACGGCGGACAGAUGGCAGUUCAUUGCACUAUUGGACUAUUAUUUUUGGGAGGAGGUCGGGCUACAUUAAGCACGACACCCACUGCAAUAGCGGCUUUGGUAGCCGCCUUUUUCCCCAAGUUCCCUACACAUAGUGAGGACAACAGAUACCAUCUACAAGCCUUCAGGCAUUUAUAUGUGUUAGCAGUUGAAGCUAGACUAAUAUUGCCGCGUGAUCUUAGUACCGGGAAACUAUGCUACGCUCACAUACAGGUAAUAGACCUCGAAGGCGCUGUAAAGGAAAUGAAGGCGCCGUGUAUUAUACCUGAGUUAGAUAAACUGAAAGAGGUCAAAAUCAAUGACCCGAGAUACUGGCCUAUAACGUUCCAGAGAGACCGCAACUGGGAUAUGUUGAAGACAUUCCUUGAUUAUACAUGGUGUAUUGAUAUAAAGCAACGCGCCGGAUGUCUGUCAUACCUAGAUGACCCUCAAGGCUUCCUCACCAUAUUGGCUCAAACAUUAACACUCGACAAGUCCAACAUUUGGUCGGCGACACCUGAAAACAUAGACUUAUUCUCAAACGACGAACAAAUCCAGAACUUUAUUAAACAUUAUUUAAUAAAAGACACCAACAUUGAAUCAAACAUAUGUGGAGACUGUUUGUUGAUAUCGAAAAAGCGGAAAGGUGUUAAAAACGAGCCGUUCAUGCCUAGACAGUGUCAGUGCAGAAAGUACAGUAAGGAGGACCAAGAGCAUGCCCAGGCACUUAGUAUGGUCACCUAUGAAUGUGUAGUCAAAGACAUACUAUGCGCUCUGCCUAUAUGGACGACAUUUUUGAAGAUUAUAAAAACAAUGAAAACAGAUCCGUCAUCGUAUCACAUGUGGCAAAUAAAACUAUUGUUAUCACAAGUUGAAAAUCACAAUAGAAGAACAAUGAACGAAAUGAAAGUGGACGGACAAGACGUGUUAAACGAGCCGCUAAUAUCAACAGAGUUUACAUUAGCCAUCAAACAGAAAGUUGCCAGCAUACUCGACAGUUGGGAAGAUAAAAUAACGCCGUACCUGAGAAAGUAUUUAGGGUUGCCGAGCAGUAGAAAAAUUAAUGCCUGCGACGAAGAAACGAAGAAGAUAUUGAGUGCUUUCCUCGUAUAUAAUGAUUUGCCGAAAGGUGUACUGAACAGUUUUGUUAGUGAUAACGAAUUAGAAGUAUUGCUCGGUCUCGAGCAGCAUAAUUUGAGCGCGGAUGCUAUAAAUAAAAUUGAAGCGCUGCUUAGAUGAUUGAGGUCCCUGUCGAGAGGUUAUGUGACGCGUUCUAGGUGUCACGGAGACUGUGUUCAUGAUUGGUGUUAGAAAUAACAUUUGUUGUCUGUUAUAGUGUUACUAGCUUUUACCCGCGAGUUCAUCUACGUGCACCAGGAUAAUGUUGUUUAACCAGGAUUAAAAGUAGCCAUAUAUUCUCUAUCCCAUAUAGUAUGUGUAUACUGAAUUUCAUAGUAAUUGGUUAAGCCAUUCAGGCGCUAAGAGGUAACAAACAAACUCACAUUUAUAAUAUUAGUAAGAAUUAAACAAUUCACAAUUCAGAGUUUAAAUUAGCAAAUGUAAUACUUGAAAUAUGUUAUUUGAAUGAUGAGAUAUUAAUUUUAUUUGUUUUGUACAAAAUGAAUACAAGGAUAAUUAUAAAAAUACUUUCGUAAACUUUAAGAUUAUAUCAUAUAUACAGUUUUAUAAGAAAAGUAACUUUUAUGGAGUUUAUGUAUACAAUAAUAUUGAUAUUAUAUUAAUAAAUAUAUAAUAAAAAUAUUCUGCGGAACAAUAUGUUUAUAAAAUAAGGGGCAUAUUUAAUGUAUAAGUUAUAUAUAUUAUAAACUAAAAAUAUAUUUAAAUUUGAUAUUCUGAAUAGAUUUAUUACUUUUAUAUAAUAAUUGAAUAAUGAAAAUUAUAUUGCAUACGUUUUAUAGAUGUCCAAUGUAAAAUCCUUGCGAUCAAUAUGUUGUGUGUCAACGUGAGUUACCCAAUCACUGCAUAAUUUACAAACUAGUUUCAUGUCUGUUAGCAGUAAUUAUAAAAAAAAGCGAGCAUAAAAGAUCAUGUAAAUAUCGCAGUGUCACAAACUUUUCUGCCUGAAAAAAUCACAUCUUUCAAUAAUAAUAAUAAUAAUUCAUAUCUAUUAUAAAAAACAGCACUAAAAAUAAUAGCCUUUAUUUAUUUAAGGCUAACAACAUGUGACAAUUACACAAUUAAAUAAAUAAUUUAUUAGCCAAUAAAGUUAGAACAAAUACAUACAAUACAGGUGAAGGAAAUACAUAAUAAGAAACAAUACUAUUGAAAACUACAGCAGCAUUAUCAAUAAUAAGGUUCAGAAAUUAACAAAGCUAUUCUGCAUUGUACUAUUUAAAAAUAUCACCUAUAACGCUAUUUCUGUUAUUGAUAGACAAGCAGAUGAAGAUUAGGUUAAGUAAUAAUACAUAGCACGUUUACGAGAGAAGAUUUAUCUAUAAAAAAAAAUCUGUAAUAUAUUGUUUAUUACCUUAAUGAUAACCGUUACACUUUAUACCAAAUAGCUGCUUAAGCUUCUUAUUACAAAAGUAUAAUAAGAAAUAAAGAUUACAAAUUCAAAUCAUCUUUUUUCAAAUAGACUUGUUUACAAGCACUUUUAAAUUGUCUUCUUUUUUUUUUUAAAUCUACUACAGGGUUCGGAAAGUUGUUAUUGUUGAGAAGAGCCCGCAAGAAUUUCAACAGUUACUCUUUUAAAUCUCUUAACAUUAUGUGUAUUUAUUUAAUUGUACUAUUUCUAAAAUUACAUGGUCAUUAAAAAGCCCGUGCAACAAUAAUAAACUUAUUAUAAAUACAAACAAUUACAAGAAAAUAUUACACUGAGACAACAAUGAGUGGUCUUACAGCUAAGAGUGAUCUCUUCCAGGCGAUCCUUGAAGAGUUUGACUGGAGGCACGAAACUCUCCUUUCUUUUUAAAUAAAUAUAGAAAUAUAUAUACAUAAAUGAAUAUAUAAAUGUACAUUUUAAAAAGUACUAAAUCGAUUAUAUUCAAAUUUUCACUAAUUCCUACAUAGAGUAGUUAUCAGAAAAGAAAAAAAAGGUGUAUGAGCAUGGAACAUAACAAUAUUGAAUGUGUUGUAUAUAAACUGAGUUAUUACACUUAAAAUAAGUAGUAUAAGCACCCAUUGGAAUUCUGUUUUGGACGUAUCUACGUACACUGUCAAAAAUUAUCUAAAACAUUAAGCAUGAUUUAUUGAUAAAAUAUCGAUCACAAAAAAAAUUAUAAAAAGUUUGCUAUAACAUGCUAGUAUAUACAAUAUAUACAUUUAAUAUAAUAAACUGUAUUAAUACUUAGUACUAAACAUAUAAAUAACUUUCGCGAUCGUGUCUUGAAGUAUAUAAAGUAUAAUUUUCAAUGUUAUUACACUACGUAAAAUAAAACAAUACUUAUUACCUUGUAUCUAAAAUUAUGAUACAUAAAAAGAGAUUAGAUAGGUUAUUAUCGAAUUAACCUUUUCAAGGGCAAUCUAUUUAAUUAUAUUCACAAUCGGUUGAAUGGAGUAUUUAAUAGCCUUUACUUUGUACUUUGUCUAUGACAUUAUGACGAUUCCAAAGAGUUUUUUUUUAUUCUGUUCAAUUAAUAAAUAAUUAAUGUGUGUUGUAUUUGUUUAUUUGUAAAGAUAUUUGAUUGUAUGUACGAUUUAAAUUAAUGUGAAAAUGCUUUAGUGGUUAGAAUUAAGAGUUUUUCAUACGACGGGAAUAUCCCACCAUUGUCCAUUUUUUAAUUUAUCGCAAAUGGUAUAUUUUAUAUGCGUAAAACGAAACGCGUAUUUAAACUGGUUUAAAGACCCCAAAAAUAUAUAUGACAAUGGCGUGGUAUCUCCGCCUGCGCUAACUGUAUACACUGGCUGGGGUAUCAGUGAGGGUUGAUAGAUGAGGAUGAAGACAGGUCAUUUGACCCAUCGUGACAGAAUCCACAAGAAUAAACUGCGAUAGUUUCCAGUGAGAACCGUGUGGAAGUCGACCUGAUAGGGUAUAUUACUAGCAAUGACGCUAUUAGACCAAAUAACUAACAAUCCCCACAAUUAGUUCUAUUAGUGUUGAUUCAAAUAUUAUAACUGUGACUGAAUUAUAAACGUAUAUAAGAUACGCCAUCUGCGUCAAAUGUUUGCGUCUUUUAGCUAAUUAUAAGAAGAUACGAGUAGACACAAAGUAAAAAAAAAAGUUUUAACGGUGAAUUUUUUUUUAAUUAGCCAAAAUCAUUACACUUGUUCUUUUUCCACGCCAUAAUUGUGGUUUUGUAUAAGAGUCCAAAUAGCCAGAGCCAAGACGACAUCUUUAUAACCUUGAAAACCUAUCUUUCUGGGGGGAAAGGGAUUGUUAGUAAUGGAGAUUGAGAAUCCCAUUGCUAGCAAUAUA